AUGAAUAGAGAAAAUUUUCAUGAUAAAGAUCAGGAAGAUCAUUUGACGAAGAUCGAACUGCAAUUUUCUGAUGACAUGGGAUGCUACAGCAAAGACUUUCUGCGUGAGAAUUUUCCCUACUUCAAGGCACUAUUUGAAUCUGGAAUGAGCGAUGCUUGUAAGAACGAAUAUUCUCUCCCGAUGAAGAGAUCGGUUUUCGAUGUGUUUCGUCAAAAUGGCGAAGCGUUUCUGCAAGAUCUUGCAGGAAUAAAUGAUGGUUCCGAAGGGUUUCCUGGUAGCAUUAGAGAUGCUAUUCUAUUCUUGCAGAUUGAUCAUAAGCUGGUUAGUUAUCCGUCAGGACAAUUGUGUCAACUGAAAGAGAAGAUUGAGUCUUCGUGGUUUCACGCUGGUGGCGACCUGGAAGUCUUUCCAGUAUCAUUAGCGCGGGAUUUCGUCAAACUUCGAUAUUUUCAUGAUGAGAUAAUGAAAAUAGGGACAGAAGAGAAAGAGAAGAACGAGUGGCGUAAGACGAAGAUACCGGAUAUUAUCCCUAUUGUACCGAAGAAAUACACCCAGAUGCAAUAUAUUCCCAAUUGCAAAUUUAUUGCUUUCUUCCAGAAAGAAAUGCUCGACAAUUGCGAGGUGGAAUCAAUUUUGUUCGACGACGAUAUUGUCUACUGCUUUGCCUUGGAAAAAGAGACAGAUUUCAAAAUAGCGGAAUAUGAAAUUCAAGAGCGUCGAAUCUCCGAUUUUCUUGGCGAUGAGGAUAAGAAUUCACAACUUAUGCUUGAAGGAAUCAGCCCGUCUUUCCCGCUUGUUUCCGUUAAAUCAAAAGAGACAAACAGUUUUACCGUCACAGUCAAGUCCCCCUUCUCGCAGAAGAAAAUUUUUAUUCAAAAUGGAUUCCGAAGGAAAGGACCUUGGCGAAGACUCUUUGACUUUUCUUUUGACAUAUUCUUUUCUUAG